GGCCAGACCUCAUUGUAGCAACCCCCCACCGCCACCACCACAAAAAAGACAUUGCAUUUUCUCCCCUCUCCUUCCCACUUUCAAAAAACGACCCUCCAGUCUGGAACCAUGAAUCUCCCCUCGGGAUGUUUGCUUAUACUGAGCAGUCUUCGCGUGUUACUGGCGAUCGAUUUGGACGAGGUAGAAACAAGUUACUAUGUGGAGCCUGCGGACACUGUGGAUGCAAUUGAUUACAAGGAUCCCUGCAAAGCUGCUGCCUUUCUGGGAGACAUUGCCUUGGACGAGGAUGACCUACGCAUGUUCAAGAAGGACCGCAUCCUGAACACAAGCCAGCAAACCCUCCCGACCUUCAACCUCACAACUGCAGGUCUAAACGUAACUGAGCUGGGCCUAAACAGCACUACCUCUGAAAACCGAAGCUCACGUCGCAGGAAGAGGGCGGCAACCUCCCGGUCUGAGAGGAUUUGGCCAGAUGGGGUCAUCCCAUACGUGAUUAGCGGGAAUUUCAGUGGCAGUCAGCGGGCCAUAUUCCGUCAGGCCAUGCGUCACUGGGAGAAGCACACCUGCGUGACAUUUCUCGAGAGGACGGCCGAGGAGAGCUACAUCGUGUUCACCUACCGACCUUGCGGAUGCUGUUCUUUUGUGGGGAGAAGAGGAGGGGGUCCCCAGGCUAUCUCCAUUGGAAAGAACUGUGACAAGUUUGGCAUCGUGGUGCACGAGUUGGGUCAUGUGAUUGGAUUCUGGCAUGAGCACACUAGGCCUGAUAGGGAUGACCAUGUCAGCAUCGUCAGAAUGAACAUCCAGCCUGGGCAGGAGUACAAUUUCCUUAAGAUGGAACCAGGGGAGGUGGAUUCACUGGGGGAAGUGUACGACUUUGACAGCAUAAUGCACUACGCUAGGAACACCUUUUCCAGAGGCAUCUUUCUGGAUACUAUCCUCCCUCGCUUGGAUAGGAAUGGGGUGCGGCCUCCUAUUGGACAGAGAACACGGCUAAGCAAAGGGGACAUUGCACAGGCCCACAAGCUCUACAACUGUUCAAAGUGUGGCGACAGCCUGCAGGACAGCAGUGGAAACUUCUCCUCGCCUGGGUUCCCCAACGGAUACUCCGCCUACAUGCACUGUGUCUGGAGGAUUUCGGUGACGCCUGGGGAAAAGAUCAUCCUGAACUUCACCUCCUUGGACCUGUACCGCAGUCACCUGUGCUGGUACGACUAUGUGGAGAUCAGGGAGGGCUACUGGAGGCAAGCACCACUCAAAGGUCGUUUCUGUGGCAACCAGGUGCCAGAACCAAUCAUCUCCACCGACAGCCGGCUCUGGAUUGAGUUCCGCAGCAGCAGCAACUGGGUGGGCAAAGGUUUCUCAGCUGUGUAUGAAGCCAUAUGUGGAGGGGAGGUAAACCGGGAAAUUGGGCAGAUCCAGUCCCCCAACUACCCGGACGACUACCGGCCCAACAAGGUCUGCGUGUGGACGAUCACUGUGGCACAGGGGUUCCACGUGGGUCUUGCCUUCCAGUCCUUUGAGAUCGAGAGGCAUGACAGCUGUUCCUAUGACUACCUGGAGGUGCGUGACGGUAACUCAGAAACAAGCCCCUUGCUUGGCAGAUUCUGUGGUUACGACAAGCCAGACGAUAUCAUGACCAGCUCCAACCAGCUGUGGAUGAAGUUUGCGUCUGAUGGGUCUGUUAACAAGGCUGGCUUUGCUGUCAACUUCUUAAAAGAGGUGGAUGAGUGCUCCAAGCCAGACAAUGGCGGUUGUGAGCAGCGCUGUGUCAACACUCUGGGCAGUUACCGGUGUGCCUGCGAGCCUGGGUUCGAGCUGUCAUCCGACAAGCGCAGCUGUGAGGCAGCUGCCUGCGGUGGUUUCAUCUCCAAGCUGAACGGCUCCUUCACCAGCCCUGGCUGGCCCCGUGAAUACCCCCCCAACAAGAACUGCGUCUGGCAGCUGGUGGCCCCCACCCAGUACCUUAUCACCCUGCAGUUCGACAUCUUUGAGACUGAGGGCAACGACGUGUGUAAAUACGACUACCUGGAGGUGCGGAGUGGCCUUUCCACCGAUUCCAGGCUCCAUGGAAAGUACUGUGGGGCGGAGAAACCGGAGCCAAUCACAUCGCAGUACAACAGCAUGCGCAUCGAGUUCAAGUCCGACAACACAGUCUCCAAGAAGGGGUUCAAGGCCCAGUUCUUUUCUGAUAAGGAUGAGUGCUCUAAGCAUAAUGGGGGCUGCCAGCAGGACUGUAUCAACACCUUUGGCAGCUACAGCUGCCAGUGCCGAACUGGCUAUGUGCUGCACGACAACAAGCACUACUGCAAAGAAGCGAGCUGUGAACACGUGGUGAACAGUGUGAGUGGAACCAUCACCAGUCCCAACUGGCCUGAUAAAUACCCCAGCAAGAAGGCCUGUUCCUGGGCCCUGUCCACUACCCCUGGGCACCGCAUCAAACUGGCAUUCAGCCAGAUUGACAUGGAGCCUCACUUGGAGUGCGCGUACGACCACAUCGAGGUCUACGACGGGCGCGACGGAAAGGCUCCGAGCCUGGGCCGCUUCUGUGGCACCAAGAAGCCCACGCCCCUCAUCUCCAGCGGCAACAAGAUGUUCCUGCGCUUCUUCUCCGACAACUCGCUGCAGAUGAAUGGGUUCGAGGCCUCAUUUUCUGCUGAAUGCGGCGGAGGCCUGAAAGCAGAGGUCAAAGCGAAGGACCUGUACUCCCAUGCUCAAUUUGGGGACAACAACUACCCCGGAGCCUCAGACUGCCAGUGGGUGAUCACGGCAGAGAAAGGCUAUGGCGUGGAGCUCAUCUUCCAGACCUUUGAGAUUGAGGAAGAGGCUGACUGCGGCUACGACUACAUGGAGCUCUUCGAUGGGCCGGAUACCAAAGCCCCCAGGCUUGGGCGGUACUGUGGAUCAGGGCCCCCUGAAGAGAUCUACUCCGCCGGUGACUCCAUCCUCAUCAAGUUCCACUCAGACGACACCAUCAACAAGAAGGGCUUUCAUCUGCGCUACACCAGCACCAAGUUCCAGGACACCCUGCACACCAGCAAGUGACGCUGCCGGGGCCUUUCUGGGCCAUGCAUGCCGGCGGGGGGUUCAGCGGGGUAGGGGGCCCAAAGUGAGACACCAGCCCAACCUCAGCACUGCUCUUGGACUAGGGGGAACCAUGACAGGGUCAGCAGUGAUCUUAGGAGGCCCAACUUUGCCCCCUAUGACAGUGAGGAGAAAAGCCAUUCAGCAGUAGAUUCUUUUAGUUUGAUAAUGAAGGGUUAUGUUUUGGAGGGGUGGGGUGGGGG